AUGAAAAGAAAUGAGGGAGAGUUAAAAUCUAGAGAUGAAGUAAUCGGUAAUCAUUUUGAGAAUAACAUAUCAAACCGUGUUUUGCUUCGUGUUUGUCCUGUCACGUUGUACGGUCCCAAGUCCCAGGUAGAUACUUAUGCCCUUUUAGACGACGGCUCGACUGUAUCACUUCUGGAUUCAUCAAUUGCCGAUGAACUUGGUAUCCAGGGUGAGAUUCUUCCUUUGACAACAUGUUGGUCUAACAACACAAGACACUUUGAAUCUCAAUCAAAGAGAAUAGAUUUAAAAAUAAAAGGAUUUUAUGAGGAUGAAAUCUUUACAUUGAAAGGGGUCAGAACUCAGUCCACUUUAGAGUUACCACACCAACAAAUAGACAGUGUCAAAUUGAGGAAAAACUGGCCACACUUAGACUCUAUCAACCAACCUCUUCCAAUAGCGAGUGUCAGGCCCACUCUCUUGAUAGGCCAAGACAACUGUAAUCUUAUUCUAACCCGUAAGAUUAUUGAAGGUCCUACUAACGCCCCAGUACUGUCAUGGUGCCUUCUUGGUUGGACUCUACAUGGGAAGUGUGCACAAUUCAGAGAUCGUGUGGAUGAGAAUUUUACCCUACUCUCAUAUGAAGAAUCUUCGCUUCAUGACAUGGUAAAGAAAUCCUUUGAAUUAGAGAAAUAUGGAGAAACAAGAUCAAACAACCUGAAAUUGUCCAUAGAAGAAGAACGUGGAGUAUCGAUCCUUGAGGAUACCAUAAAGAAAACAGGAGAUCAUUACGAAGUUGGUCUUUUAUGGAAAGAUGACGAAUUUAAUUUUCCUCCAAGCUAUGACAAUGCUCUUAGAAGAUUAAAUACUCUUGAAAAGAAAAUGGAAAGAAAUCUCGAAUUUAAAGAAGCUUACACAACCAAGAUUGACGAAUACAUGGAAAAAGGUUAUAUUAGAAAACUCAGCCCUGAAAAAGCUGCUAUCAUAACAGGUCGAACAUACUAUCUACCCCACUUUGGAGUAUCGAACCCGAACAAACCUAACAAAAUAAGAUUGGUUUUCGAUGCUGCUGCUAAAUCUCACGGAGUCUCGUUCAAUGAUGCACUACUCAGCGGCCCUGACUAUUUGAAUCCAUUGCCAUCUGUGCUGUUGAAAUUCCGGUUGGGGAAAUUUGCCAUCGUGGGAGAUAUAAGGGAGAUGUUUCACCAAGUAAAUAUAAGACAUGAAGAUGUUGACUCACAAAGAUUUCUGUGGCGAAAAGACAAAACCAAACCCCCAGAUACCUACAUAAUGAAAGCGAUGACCUUCGGAGCAACAUGUUCACCAAGCUCUGCACUGUUUGUUGUAAACCACAAUGCAAGAAAGUUUCAAUCUUUGUAUCCUGAAGCUAGUAAUUCCAUACUGACUAAAGAAUAUAUGGACGACCUGCUAGAUUCAACCGACACAGAAGAGGAAGCUAAACGACGUGUUCAAGAAAUAAUUGAGAUACAUAGAGCUGGAGGAUUCCAAAUUUGUAACUGGAUGUCUAAUUCAAAACAAGUACUUUCGAAAAUUCCUGAAAACCUGAAAGCCAGCCAAGCCAAACAUUUGAUGCCCGAUACUCGACUUCCUACAGAACGAGUACUUGGAUUAUGGUGGGACGCUGAAUCUGACUGCUUUGUGUUUCAUCGCAAUGUCGAAAAACUUGAAUUUCUCGAAUCCGAGUAUCCGACGAAACGAGAGAUUCUUAAAGCAGCUAUGUCAAUUUUUGAUCCUCUAGGUCUCAUUGCCCCUACCACAGUUAAAGGGAGACUACUGGUUCAAGAUAUAUGGAGAACAAAACUAGGUUGGGAUGAUGUUGUGACACCUGAACUUAGUCUGAAGUGGAAAGCUUGGAUGGAUGAGGUCAAAAGUCUUCGAACACUGAAAAUACAAAGGUGCUACUUCAACACACGAGUCAGUGACUCAGUUGAACUUCACAUAUUUGUUGACGCAAGUGAAGAAGCUUUUGCUGCAACUGCAUAUCUGCGUCAGGAGAACAAAGACACUUACGAAACGACAUUGAUCAUGUCACGUGCCAAAGUGGCACCCAUCAAGAACCUGACUAUACCUAGACUGGAACUCCAAGCUGCCGUUUUAGGGUGUAGAGUAGCUUCUGCUGCCGAGCAAGAUUUGGGCGUUUCAAUCCAAAAGAAAACGUAUUGGUCUGAUUCUCAAACAGUCCUACACUGGAUUAAGUCAGAUCCAAAAAACUAUAAACAGUUUGUCUAUAAUAGAAUUGGAGAAAUCCAAGAACUUUCUUCGGCAGAAGACUGGAAAUGGGUCCCGACAAAAUUGAACCCUGCCGACUAUGCGACUAGAAGCAUGAAAAGGUUCAAUUCUGACAUUCAAAACACAUGGCUCCAUGGUCCCCAAUUUCUAUCUUAA